AGAGGAUAGAGUUCCUCGACUUAUCAGUGCGGAAGGCGUAGAGUUGAGCGAAGAAGCGGUCUGUAAAAAUGGCUUCAGUGGUUGGGAAUACUCUUGCAAUAUCGCCGGCAAUUUACUCGCCGGAGAAAACACCGACGCUUACUGUAAGAAAUUACGGCGCUUCAUUUUCAUUUUCCCAACGCUGUUUUCGUCUCCCUUCUCUCUCCUUUCGUCGCCCUUCCACCCUUAAUACCGACGCCGUCUUCCGCCGAGGUUCAUUUUCUUCCUUUCGUUGUUUCGCUGCUCUUACUCCCGAGUUGAAGACUACUAUCGAUAAAGUUGUGACUUCAAACAAAGUGAUUCUGUUUAUGAAGGGAACCAGGGAUUUCCCUCAAUGUGGAUUCUCAAAUACUGUUGUACAGAUAUUGAAGUCUCUGAAUGUGCCUUUUGAAACUAUUAACAUUCUUGAAAAUGAGUUUCUGCGUCAAGGUUUGAAGGAAUAUUCAAGCUGGCCGACCUUUCCACAGCUUUAUAUUGAUGGGGAGUUCUUUGGUGGUUGUGACAUCGUAGUCGAAGCGCUCAAAAGUGGGGAGCUGCAAGAAACGCUGGAGAAGGCUAUGUGCUCAUGAUGCCAAUAUGAGCUACUUGCAAUUUGUAAAGUUUCUGUAUAAAUACUUUAAUGGAUACAAUUUAUACUUUUGGCUGACUGAAGCUAGCAAGUGCAUUGAUGACUAUCAUCUUAUACACUUUUAGAUCUCUUUUAGAAGCAGCAAAUCUUAUUAGACGCUGCUCGUUUUUUCUUGAAAUUUUUUGAUUUGUUUUUUUUUCCCCUUUGACAUUGGAAAACAAGUUCAUUACAAACUAUGGACAUUACUAAUGCUAACCGAUAAACCUGCACCUUUGAAGUUCA